AACUUCAAAUUAUCCUCUUCUCUUCUUUCAUCUUCUCAUUUCAUUUUCUUUUCUGCACUUCCAUACCCAUUUCUCAAAAUUAAUAAAAAUAAUAAUAUUUCCUCGUGAAUAGGGGAAAAACAUUAUUAAAAUUUCAAUUCUCAAUUCCAAAAAUUAGGGUUAGGUUUUUCAUUUUCUUCCCCAUAAAAAGAAACAAGAAUCAUUCCUUUAUGAUUCUUUCUUCAAUCCAAAACCAAAAUUUAUUCGUGAUAUUAAUCUUGUUGGUGGUUCAAUCCUCUGUGGCGUUAAAAAUGAAGAUUCACCCUGUUCCUCGAAAACGCAACAUCACAAUCCAAUUCGGAACCGACGCCGGUAACCCUUCAUCGGAGGCACAGACUCUGUUAGGAAUCUCCGGGAAGAAAUUACGCCGUCUACCUCAUGUUUUCAGCCGCGUGUUGGAGCUUCCGUUUCGAUCAGACGCUGAUGUAGCGGUGGAGGAAGCGGCUGAUUGUUUCCGUUUUGUGGCGGAGACGGAGGGGAUUGGGGAAGUGAGGGCGCAUACGGUGGAGAUCCAUCCCGGUGUGACGAAGAUUGUUGUUAGAGAUGGGGAGUCUUUGGAAUUGUCGCUUGAUCAGUUAGAGCUUGAUAUGUGGAGGUUUAGGUUGCCGGAUUCGACGUUACCGGAGCUUGCUAGUGCGGUGUUUGUGGAUGGGGAGUUGAUUGUUACAGUGCCGAAAGGGCAUGAGGUGCAGAAUGUUGAAGGUGGUGGAGGUAUGGGUGGUGGUGGUGGUGGUAGACUUGUGCUUGUACAGUGAUUGUGAAUGUGAUGAUCAAUGGUGAUGAUGGUGAAAAUUCUUUUGUUUAACACCUUAAAAAAUGUGACCUUUAUUAGUAGUAUAUGUGGGUUAGAUUUCUCAGGUUGUUGUUGUUGUUGUUGUUACUGUUGGUUAUGUAGCUAAUUUCUUUUGUAUGUGAAUUUCAACAUAAAUGUUGUUUCUUCAAUAAUGGGUUUGGUCCAUAUAUUGAUGGCAAUGUCUAUUUUCACAAUUAGUUUUACCUUGUUUCUAAAUGCAGGGUUUGUUUCAUUUCUUUUUCAUUCAAUUGAUCAAUCCUGGCAUGAUGCUUUUGAA